AUCUUUGUAUCCUAUGACGUACCUGACACACACGUCUUAUCCAUCUUAGACUUAUCAACAUGUAAACAACGCCGUCUCCAAAAUGUGUUACAGGUCUGUCGUUUUGUCGAGUAAAGAUCGUUACGUACCGGACAGACAAUACUGCUUGGCACAUUCGACAAGUUAUUAUCUCGAUCAAGAGUGGGCGUCCUGUGCUUAUGAAGAUUUUUCUUACGAUACGCCUUAUGAGUAUCAACGUCAACGUGAACAGCAGCGUCGAGCAUUUUUACAACUACAGUCUAUAAUUUCGCUGGCUAACGGCGGACAUCUAUUGUACGGUUUAUCGAGAAAACACGACGAGGCCAAACAUUAUAACUACGAUUCUCAAGAAGGUAUGACAUGGCCUCUUCGUAUGGUUAACUAUAGAAAAGUCAAAAGACAUCAUUUAAACACCAACAACGAUGCUAGAAAUCAAAUGUUGGACAUGCCGAACUUAUCGGACGAUUGGAUGACAAAAGUAAUAGACUGGAGCUCGACAGGUUAUUUAACGGCCGCAAUUCAAUCGUCAAUUUACCUGUGGUCGUCGCAAACUCAAAGCAUUCAACACAAAAUCAUCACUAGCCCCGAAAUCGACAACGUAACUCGUAUUACUUGUUUGAAAUGGGAUAGACGAGGUACGAAAUUGGCGUAUGCCGUCUGCAGCCAUCAGGACUUGGACAGUUUUGAUUUAGACUUGAGCGCCACCAGUAGUUCGUUUACUCGCAGCAUCCCAAACGCCGACAUAAACACUGUAGUAGAUGAAGCCGAUGAACAUAUGUACAGUGUAGACGAUACCAAUGUUGAUGAUAAUAAUACACUGCAAACUAGCACUGCUGCUGUUGUAAAUGAAAGAAUCGAUUUAACGGACAGUAUUGAACACGCGGAACAAAAUGAUUCGUCGGCCAUAUCAAAGAAACAAACUAAUUCUAUUAAGAUCUGGCUAUUAAACGAGGAAGCCAGCUUUGUGCAACUCGAAUGUGUCACAUCCGUGGCAUGCGGAUGUGUACACAAAUCGUCUGAUUUUACUAACGACUGUAGUACGGUUGCAAUGGAUUGGUUGGCCGAUGGACAAAUUUUGGUAACGGGCUGUACGAGAGCAACAAUUACGUUUUAUCGUUAUAUUAGCAAAUUACAUCAACUGAACGUUGUACGCGUCAUACACACCAACAGCAAACUCCAAACGAUGAUAAGCUGUAUGCAUUUGUCACAAGAUUCGGAAAGCCGAUAUCUGGCCGUUGCAUUUCAUUCGCAACUACGAUGCAAAUUGAAAUUGUGGCGUAUCGGAAAAACAACGGUAGAUCACUGUGGACAAAACGCCGACGAUGCCGUGAUUGGUCUUGACUCGUUUACCGACAACAAGUCAAAGUUGACUUUAACCGAAGUGUUAACGGACACCUACAACAGUAAAGAUAGAGAACAAGGAGGCUGGGUGAUAAAAGCUCUAGCUUGGCAUCCGUGGAAAUUUUCUCUAGUAUGUUACGCGGUUACGCCCGUGAAAAGUUACGAUUUAUUGACCAGGCCUUUGCCGUCGUGGCUCGUAUUAGCCAAUGCUUGUCGCGGUCAAGUGCUAAAACGAGUGGAACAGACCACCAGUCAACCGUGUCCGACAAUACAAAUUUUAUCCGUCGACACCCAUUGCAUGACUUUUAGUCGUUUCACGGGAGAGCUGUUAGUGUCGGCUUCCACAGUUUACCGCAAAAAUUCCAAUCAAAAUAACAGCGUCGUCAUCGUAGAACACGGAGUCGUCGUCAUGCAUAGUCUGACGUAUAUUGUCGACAUGUUAAGCGGUAGCAACUCGGGUAAAGGUUUGUUCACGGCUUGGAGUCCAAACGGUUGUCGAGUUGCUUUCACGAGUACCGACGAAUCUCUCAGGAUAUGGAAUUUUUUCCCGACCGACACUCGAAAGCCUAACGGGGGCGACGGUGGCACGGCGGCUGAUCCAGCCAAACACUAUGGUCGCGAUAAAAAAAAGAGAAACAAUUCAUCGUACUAUUGUCAUCAUAAUAACAACUUGAUGUCGAAACUAUCUUUUCACGCAUCGCUCGUGAUCAAAUAAUGAAAUUGUUUUUUUUUUUUUUAACUUGUAUUGUCAUUUAUAAUAAUUCAUAAGACUUAACCGUAUUCAUAUAUAGAUAUAUUAUAAACAUAAGCGGCUUAGGCUUCUCAUUCCUUGUCUUUCACUUUUUAAUUAAAUAAUUAUUGUGAAUUUUUACCAUUUUUACGCGUUUAAAAGAUUAUUUUUAUAUUA